GAGGUUAACAGACGGUCACAGUAAACUAGUGGAAGAAAAAUGAAUCCCAUUUUUACUCCGUCACUUCACAGCCAACGACAUCAGUUUGUCGUCGAUUUUGUCAGAAAAAACAAACCUAAUAAGGUAGCUGACCUGGGCUGUGGUGAGUGUCGGCUCCUGAAACGGCUCAAGUUUCAGCGGAACAUUGAGCUGCUGGUCGGCCUGGACAUCGAUGGUGCCAAAGUCAAGAAAAACAUGCAAGGAUUGGCUCCUCUGUCGACAGACUACCUGCAGCCUACCUACGACCAGCUCCACAUCGAUCUGUACCAAGGGUCAGUCACACAACGAGACGCUCGGCUCCGAGGGUUCGACUUGGUGACCAACAUAGAACUCAUAGAACACCUCACUCUUCCUGAUUUGGAGCUCUUUUCUUCUGUGGUUUUUGGAUACAUGAGACCAGCGAGCGUCAUCGUCAGCACCCCGAACUCUGAAUUCAACAAACUUUUACCUGGACUGACUGGUUUCAGACACAGUGAUCACAAGUUUGAGUGGAACCGAUCGGAGUUCAGAUCCUGGGCUUUUAAGGUGUGUUUGGAUUAUGGCUACGAGGCUGAAUUCACCGGAGUUGGAGAAGCGACUCAGGAGCAGCAGGAAAGUGUCGGCUUCUGCUCCCAGAUUGGUGUGUUUCAACGUUUGAACGUUUUACCCAACAGAGAUGAGGAGGAGGUGUUUUCCUACACUUUGGUGUACUCUGUAAAUUACCCCACUUUGCGUGACAACAACACUUUGCUCAGAGUCCUGGUGAGCGAGGUUCUGUACUGGGCAGAACAAAUGAAGAACAGGUGGAUGGAGGAAACGACUGGAGGGACGAAUGGUGUUUUACCUCACAGUCAGACUGAACAACAGGAACAAUCAGCCUGUACAGAAAGGUUGGAUUGUCCAGGUGAAGGGGAGGAGAGUACCGAGUCGCUUUGGACUAAAGACCUAGAAGAGUCUGGGACAUUAAGCAGGUUUGUCGUUGUUCCUCUGGCGGCGCUCUGGUCCUUCUGUCCGAAAAUCUCUGAACUGAGUGGGAAUCUUUCAAACCUGAGACGACUCCUGAUGGAUCAGCCUCAAGUUAAACUGUCCCAGGAUGGAUCCGCUCUGCUCUUAAGAUGUGAAGAACAAGGUACCGCCUCGUUACGACAGAAUCUCAACUGGAACCAGAACAGACCGACGGCGAUGAAGAGGAGGAUGAGGAAGACGCGUCGGCCAUCCAGUGUUCCCAUCAAACUGAACCGGAGGAAGACUGGGAAGCAAAUAUUUGACUUGGAGAAAUCAGUUUUGCUGUCAGGAAAAGCUGGGAAUGAAAAUUAAUCAACCCUCAGGUGAAUGUUUGAAAGAAAAAAGAAAAGCUUUUCAGUUUUUUUUUGUUUUUUUUGUCUGAAGCCUCGUAAAGUGAAAAUAAACCCGAACAACGAAUCGUAAUUAUUCAUGGAAAAACCGAGGCAGCAUGGAGGCGUUUUGAACCGUUUUAUUCAACAGUGCUGGGGAGACAUUUCAUUAGGGAAGCAGUUUGUCAAAAACCAAAAGAACAAAUCCGUAACAGAGAACACUCAACGCGCCAGAACGUCACCGUACAAUAGAUUAGUUUACAGUUUUAAUUAGACAACAGCUUCACAGAAGAGAAAAGCACCAUGUUUGGAACAUGUCAGGUACCGAGAUGAACACCUGCGUCACACAGGUAAACGCGUUUUGUUCCGAACAAAGAAAAUCACCUUCAGACAAUAAGACAUCUGGCAGCCAGAGUUCAAACAUUUAGUACUAAAUUGCUCAUUAAAAAGACACUUUAUUUUCAGACAACAUUUAUUAAAAAUGUCACAUUGGCAACAAAGAUUAGAAAACAAAAACGGUCAUAUCUUUUUUUUUCCCCCAGAAAUCUUCAAAUAAAAAACAACUAAAAAUGAUGAAUUUCUUCAUACAACAUUUUAUGAGAACAAAAUUACAUUUUGGAUGAUGAACAAGUGAACAAUUAUUCCUUCAAUGUGAAAAUGGAUGGCACAACAAGAAAUGAGAAUAAAAUGCGCCUGGCUUUGACGGAAACUUCCACAAAGCGGAGAAGAUUAUAACCAUGCAUGUCACAAAAUGGCCUAGUUAAAACACCAAAGGCUUGUGCAGAUAUGACUGUAAUGAGUUUAACAUUUAUUCUACGGUUUGCAGUCACUUCUGAUGAAAAACAAAGAUUCUGCAGAGCCUGUUUUCUAGACGGUUGACCUGUUGAUACUCCCGCCAUGAACUUUGAACCCUAACAGGAUAUGAACAGUCUUCAUGCAAUACAAAUUCAUUCAAUAGUGCAGUUUUCUACCAUAGGUUUUCCUUCCACUCAACUUUCCCUGCGUAUUCUUUGAUUCAGCCAGGUUAAUUUAAUAAUUACAUUUUUAUGGCUAACCCUGCUUGCAGUUCCUGGCUGCUGGGAAACGAUCACGUCGGCUUUUUUCACAAUGAUUGUGAGAACGAUUUAUUUAAAUAUCAACAUGUGUGAGAUGUACGGAAGACAAAUAGGGCCACUAGAAAAAACAAACCAAAUUAGACUUUUCCCCCCCAAAAUUUAGACUUUUUCCCCCUCAAAGUUCUGAAUUUAAUCUCAGAAUUCAGACUUCAAUUUCAGAAUUGACUUUCUUUUCAGGAAUUUUGACUCUUUUUCUAAGAAUUCUGACUUGGAUCUCAGAAUUCAGAUUUAUUUUCCUCAGAAAUGAUUUUUUCCCAGUAGGAAUUCUGACAUUUUUCUCAGAAUUUGGAUUUGAAUCUCAGAAUUUUGACUUUUUCUCUAAAAAGUCAAAAUUCUGAGUUUAAAGUCAGAAUUUUAUUUGUAUUUUUUUCACUGGCCUUAAUUCUCUUCCAUAUUAGUGAAUCUUAAAUGAGAUAAAUGUAAAUUGUUGCCGUUUGCUCAUAAAUGCAUCUGAGCGUUGAGCGCUUUCUGCUUGGCAGUGGGUCACUUCACUAGAUUUUUUGCCGUUCGGUUUGUUUACAAACAAACUGCAACAUAUGAAUCAGAUUCACAAAAGCCAAACAGUCAAACGUGAACUUUGAUUUGAUUUUUCUUUUUUUGUAAUUUCCCUGACCUGCAGGUCACUGUGGAUCGAUGAAGCACAGCUUUUAAGCAAAAAUGCACAUUAAUUCAAGCUAUUAAUCCUCACAUUUUUACCUACAGUUUCAUUUAAUGAUGCAAAGUGGGAACAUUUUUAUUAAUAAGUUGCUAAAUGUAAAAUAAAUUUGGUUCAAUUUCUGGAUGGAUUAGGAGCAAAAAAUAAUGGCUAAAAAUAUAGU